AAGCUCGUAUUGUUUUGAUAUCCGAUGAAAAUGUCUUCUCUCCAGUUGUUUGUCUCGAUGAGUAUGGUUUUCAUGUUAGUGACUGGAGUCCAUUGCUGGAGCAAAGAAGGGCACAUCAUGACUUGUCAAAUUGCACAGUCUCUACUGAAGCCGGAGGCAGCUGAAGUCGUCCGGCAUUUAUUGCCGCCGUACGCGGACGGCGACCUCUCGUCACUCUGCACGUGGCCAGAUCAAAUCCGGCACUGGCACAAGUACCAGUGGACGAGUCCGCUCCACUUCAUCGACACCCCGGACAACGAUUGCACCUUCGAGUAUGCUAGGGAUUGCCAUGAUCCACAUGGCAAGAAGAACAUGUGCGUUGCUGGUGCCAUCCAGAACUUCACUUCUCAGCUCUCGCAUUUCAAAGAGGGAACUGCAGAUCGAAGAUAUAACAUGACAGAAGCCUUGCUGUUCUUGUCACACUUCAUGGGAGAUAUUCAUCAGCCGAUGCACAUCGGGUACACGAGCGACAGAGGAGGGAACUCGAUCGAGUUGCACUGGUUCAGGCACAAGUCUAAUCUGCAUCAUGUAUGGGACAGGGAGAUCAUUUUAACAGCAGAAGCAGAUUACUAUGAGAAGGACACGAGCCUCCUCCUUCAAGACAUUGAGGCCAACUUCACUGAUGGGGCAUGGUCAGAUGAUAUUUCGUCGUGGACCCACUGUGACGACCUCGACUCUUGUCCGACCAAGUACGCGGACGAGAGCAUAGCCAUCGCCUGCAAAUAUGGUUACAAAGGCGUCGAGUCCGGCGUCACUCUUGUAGAUGACUACUUCAACUCGAGGAUGCCGAUCGUCAUGAAGAGAGUCGCUCAAGGCGGAGUCCGGCUGGCGAUGUUUUUGAACCGGGUUCUUGCCGAUGAUGACCAAGAACAUGGGAUUGCAUCACCAACAUAGGCAAACCUAGAAUAAAAACAACUAAUUCAAUCGAAAUUACAAAACAAAGCCAAUUACGUUGACGCUUAAGUUAUUAUUCAUGGAUAAUCUUAAUCAGCUAGAUGAAAGAGACAUGAAAAAGAGCCAAAAAUGACAGACAUGUCCCCUCAUGUGCUAAUAGCAUGAACUAACGCUCCAAUUUUUAUUUUUAUUUUGGGAAGUUUAAUGAUGUCUUUGUUCACGUAAUUUCUCCAAUUAUAGUCUAAACUGUAUGUCAUUCAACAAAGCAAGUGGUCCUCGAUUCAUAUUCUUGUUGAGGCAA